AUGGAAAGAUCACAGCUGAGAAAGGAUGAUAAAACUGUUCGGCUUUCCAAUGAGCUCUCGGACGGUGAGAAAGAAGCCAUUAGGAACAGAAAGCCAAAAGUACUGGCGUGCCUCAAGAGCCUUGGCAUUGCCUGUGAAGAGGAUAACAUGCCCAAUGUCGCCGUCCUAGGAUCAGGCGGAGGCCUGCGGGCCAUGAUAGCCCUUCAGGGAACCUUGGUGGAGAUGGAGAAGGAGGGUCUUUUGGAUGCCGUCAUGUAUCUGUGUGGGGUAUCAGGGUCCACCUGGUGCAUGUCUUUCCUCUACAAAGAGAAGAACUGGACAAAGAAAUUGCAGGUCUUGGAAGAACACCUGUGCAAUACACUUCCCAAUCAUCCAUGUGAUAUUACAAAGGCGUUUUCUAUCUUGUGCCAGGCAGCUGAAGAUGAACUCUUCUCUCUGACCGAUGUCUGGGCAUUUUUGGUCUUCUAUUUCAUGUUGAAGGAGUGUGACCAGACCAAGUUAUCUCAACACGAGGUCACCUCCACAAGUGGGACAAAUCCUUACCCCAUCUAUGCAGCAGUGGAAGCGAAGAAAUUGCAUGAAGAAGGUGGAAACAGCCCAGGAACCUGGUUUGAAUUCACUCCUCAUGAGUGUGGCUUUCCUGGUCCAGGGGCAUUUGUAUGCACCAAGUACUUGGGAAGCAAAUUCGAGGAUGGAAAUUUGGAAAAACAGAGGAAAGAGAAAAAUAUCCACUACCUGCAAGGUUUAUGGGGAAGUGCCCCUGCAGGCAUUACAUAUUUAAAAGGUAUCAGUUGCACUUGCGCAACUUGUCAGGGUAUCCUCCUCCUCCUGGAGCUUCAGGUUCAUGCCUCAGCUGGGGAAGACUGUGAGGGAGUCUUCAAGAAGCUGAAGAAAGUCCUGAAAGGUGAGAACAGCAAGGAUUCCUACCAGAAGUGCUGUGAAAUGAGUGAGACCUGGGGUUCAAAGACCUUGGAAGAAAGAAUGGCAGACUGUGAUGCACUUGACAGGAUUUUUGAAAUGGAAUUUGGAGGAAAGACUUAUGGUCCAUGCUCACUAGAAAUUGAAGGAAAUAUAUGGAGUAUAUGUAAAUUAUUAUGGAAAAUCUGGAGCUGUAUCCAUGACCGGACCUGGGGGACAACCAAUAACUUUCUGUACACAUGUGACCCCAAAUCCAAAUCCAAAUCCCCUGUCUUCACCAAGGACAAAAUCAUCAGCUUGAUCGAUACCUGGAUUGCCAUAAAUUCUGCCUACCCCCUUGUUCUGCGCCGAGAGAGGAAAGUGAAACUGAUCCUCUCCUUUGACUUCAGCGAUGGGGAUCCUUUCGAGACCAUCAAGAAAACUGCCGAGUAUUGUGAGACAAAUAACAUCCCAUUUCCCAAGAUAGAUCUAGAAAAGCUGGACCCAGGUCACCUCUCUGAUUGCUACAUCUUCAAAGGAAAGGACGUUCCCAUCGUCAUGCACUUCCCACUCUUCAACAUGAAAAAUUGCCCAGGUGAAAUAGAGCACUUCAGAAAGAAGUUUUCCACCUUUAAGUUUUUCUACACAAAAACCGAUAUAAUUGAACUUCUCGAAAAAGCGAAGAUGAAUGUCUCCAACAACAAGGAGAGGAUUCGGGAGGAGAUCCAGCAGAUUGUGUCCUCCUCCACCAAGGAGUUUUAA